AUGUCUGAAUCCAAAGAACAACAACCAGAGCCUGUGUUUGUCCAGCCAAAGCCUUACAAGGUGCAAUUAGAAUCAGGAAAGGAGUAUUACUGGUGCACAUGUGGUCAAUCCAAAAACCAACCUUUCUGUGAUGGAACGCAUCGUGGGGGACCCUUCAAGCCCAAGAAAAUCACUGUGGAUGAAACCAAGGAUUACUUUUUGUGUGGCUGCAAGUACACGCAUAAUGCUGAUGGAUUUUGUGAUGGAACGCAUCGAAAGGAAGAAGGUAUUCGCAAGUACAAUGAGUUUUUAUUGAAGGCGAACAAUAAGCUCAAGGAAGAAAAUGAAGCGCUCAAGACAAAGGCGCAGUUGGCUGCAAACAAACAAAGUAUGCUGUAUGUCGCUCUAGCAGCAGCAGGUAUGAUCGUUGUAGGCCUUGCUGUCAAGCAUACACGUCCUUGA